UUGCUGACGCGCGUGGACGGCAAUCAGCCGGCGGCGCUGCUGACGCGCGCGGACGGCAUGCAGCCGGCGGCGCUGCUGAAGCGCGCGGACGACAUGCAGCCGGCGGCGUUGCUGACGCGCGCGGACGGUGCGCAGCCGGCGGCGCUGCUGACGCGCGCGGACGACAUGCAGCCGGCGGCGCUGCUGACGAGCGCGGACGGCAUGCAGCCGGCGGUGCCGACCCACCAGGACACCAGCGACGAGCCGCCCGAGGGACAAGAUGCAUUGGACAAUUGGAAUCUGAAGGCCCUCGCGAAUGCAUACGUCGCUGUGGAAUCUUGGGGCAGGUCGCCAGUGUCGGCGCUGAACGAACUGGGCGUUCGAGUCCGUUAUACACUAGUGGAGCAGAGCGGACCAGCACACUGUCCGAGCUUCACCGUUGUCGUCACUGUGGCGGACAUGCGGUCAGAGGGCAGGGGCCACAGCAAGCGGGAGGCUCGAGACGCGGCGGCGCGCGCCUGCCUCGUGGCGCUGCUGACGAGCGCGGACGGCAUGUAG